AUUUCGAGUAGAUCGGCCAUUAUCGACCAUAGGUUGCGCUGGUGAUCGGGUCUAGGACUCCGUUUCGUGGCUACAGCUAUUGUAUUUUCUCCCUCGUGAACCUUUUUAGAUGUAUGAAGUCUAAUGGUUAUACCUCCUAUUAAUGGCAAAGCUGGAUUAGACAAUGGAACCGAAACACAAAGAAGAAUUGCGCCAAAAUUUUAGGCUCAUUGUCAACAAUGUUGCAGAUGCUGAGGCUGUUUGUGAUGAAUUGCUAUCCCUGGGAGUCUUUGAAGAAAAUGAUGUGGAUAAGAUUUUGUUGAAAAAGCCAGCACCAAAGGAACAGACAAAAGAGCUUUUAUACCUGUUGAAGUUUAGAGGUGUGCAUGCCUACAACAACUUUAUUCUGGCCUUGAAGAGGAGUGGUAAUACAUAUUUGGCAGACCAACUUAUGAAACCAGAUGUUGUAACUGAAUUACCUCAACCUCAACCAACCAGUAACUCGGUUCAGCCAUCAGACAACCAGGCCCGGCCAUCAGACAACCAGGCCCAGCCAUCACAAAACCAGGUCCAGCCAUCAGACAACCAGGUCCGGCCAUCAGACAACCAGGCCCAGCCAUCACAAAACCAGAUUCAGCCAUCAGACAACCAGGCCCGGCCAUCACACAACCAGGCCCGGCCGUCAAAUGACCAAUCUGACGAGGAUUUGUUUAAAAGAUGGCCAUUUUCAUCAAAAGCAUGUAUUCCAAGAGAAUGCACAGGAGAGGAGAGACAUCUCAUGUAUGAUGAAACUGUGUACAGAAUCACAAAUUUUCGUAAGAAAGGUUUUGUCUUGCGGAUGAAAUGCCAAUCACAACGUUGUAAAGUGACGCUAAAGGCUUUUGAUUUGUGUAAUAUGUGCCUUGACAAGUUAAUGAAUUUUUUAAACACGCCCAUUAGAACUGGGUUGUGUUCUUCAAAGCUGUUUAACAAGACAGCUGAUGAGUAUAAAGAAAACGUUAGAGAAAUCAUCAGUGACUGCAGAGAGGGCCUUGAGAAUGCUGGUUUUUUUAUGAUGUUUUUCCUCUCGUACGGAGCCCAGGGAGAGAGAUACGGUCAAAUCUUUGAUAAAGCAAAUUGUAGUGUGAUUUUACAAGAUAUAAUCAAGGAAGUGACAGACUGCGAGGCUCUAAAGGAUAAACCCAAGAUUUUCAUCGUAAUCACCAUUCCUGAUCAAAGUGUAACAGUUGAAGAACCACCAGAAGGAAGAACCGUCAUAGAUGCUGGCCUUGACCCUUCUUCAAUCAACGAGGACAACGUUUUUGUGUUACACGUUCACCAUGGUCAAAACGGACCAUGGACUGCAGAAAAUGAACAAAUGUGGUUUAUGAAAGCAUUCUGUGAUGUUUUUUAUACAUACAGUUACAAAAUGCACUUCCUGGAACUGAUCGAAAAGGUGAAUGAGUUGCUGAGCAAUGCUGUUUUGAGCAAUCAAGAUUGGACCCGAGGCCAUGUUGGAGAAGUUAGAGUCAUCCAGAAAGACAUACGAAAGAAGUUGUACUUUUUCCCUGGAAUUGAAUUCCAAACAGGGCAUCAGGCGACCAGCUAAAACAUUGUCAAAGCGUCCAUUGAACUCUCUUACACAAAUAAGUCAUAAAAUGAUAGGUGGUCAGGUGGCACAGUGGUUAUGCACUGGCCUUUCACCAAGCGUGGGUUUUCCACGGGUACUCCUGUUUCCUCCCACAAUAAGACCCCUACCGCGCUUUCAUCCAGACCAACAAAACUGAUUAAUAUAAGUUGGAAAAACUUGUUUCGCAAUUGUUGUUAAAUAAAUGAAGUUUAUUAUUUUUCAAAAUGAUGGAUAAAA